AUGAACCCUUCCCUCGCCAACUUUAUCCUCAAAGCUACCCCGACCAACAUCCUCCACCCACAGCCCGACAUGAACACCGCAAUCCCCCUCAACACUGGCGCCACCAUCCCCGCCCUUGGUCUGGGAACCUGGCAGUCUGCGCCUGGCGAGGUCAAGAAGGCCGUGAUCCAUGCCAUAGAGACUGGUUAUAGGCACAUUGACUGCGCCUUCUGCUACCAGAACGAGGACGAGGUGGGCGAAGCGCUGCAAGAUGUCAUCAAGCGGGGCAUCGUCAAGCGCGAGGAUCUCUUCAUCACCAGCAAGCUCUGGUGCACAUUCCACACCAGGGCCGAGGAGGGUCUGCAGAAGAGCUUGGAUCUGCUGAAGACGCCCUACGUGGAUUUGUACCUUAUGCAUUGGCCGGUGCCUAUGAACCCCAAGGGAAACCACCCCCUCUUCCCCAAGCUGGAAGACGGCUCUCGCGACAUUGACCACUCCAUAACCCACAUCGACACCUGGAAGAACCUCGAGAACCUGAUCCAGUCGCACCCUGACAAAGUCAAGGCCAUUGGCGUCGCCAACUACAGCGUCAAGUACCUAGAGAAGCUGCUCGCAAAGGCCAAAAUCGUACCCGCGGCCAACCAGAUCGAGAACCACCCGCUGCUGCCACAACAGGAGGUCGUCGACUUCUGCAAGGAGAAGGGCAUCCACAUCACUGCAUACAGCCCACUGGGCAGCACUGGCUCGCCGCUAUUCAAGGACGAGACUGUGAAUGAGGUUGCAAAGAAGCACAGCGUUGGACCCGCUACCGUGCUCCUGAGCUACCAUCUCGCGCGCAACUCCUCGGUCCUCGCCAAGUCCGUCACGCCCUCCCGCAUCGACGAGAACCGCAAGCUCAUCUCCCUGGAUGGCGAGGAUAUUGAGAAGCUCGAGUCCCUCCACAAGACCAAGGGCAUCACUCGAUAUGUAUACCCACCGUUUGGUGUGAAUGCUGGAUUCCCGGACAAGCCCGAUGGCGUUGACCUAUCAGGGUAG